UGGGAGAGAUAACUGUGUGAAAUAAAAAGAAAAAAAAAGUAUUUAUUAUGAAUGUUUCCUUCUCUUACAGUGACUUGUCCUUCUCUGACUGCACCAGACAGUGGAACUGUGUCAUAUUCUACAAACGGUGCAACAACUACCGCCAGUUACACUUGUAGCUCCGAGUAUUCUCUCGCUGGGCCAGAAUCUAGGGUCUGUCAAAGUAACAACUCUUGGGCAGAUGAAGACCCUACUUGCACGUGUAUUGUCCCGACUGUCCCAGCGAAUGGAAGUUUCACUGUUGCAGUUGACGGAACGUUAACGUAUUUUUGCGAUGUCGGAUUCGUACUCAAUGGUGAUCGUACACGUACCUGUCAGACAAAUUCAAACACUUGGUCCGGCGUGGAACCAGCCUGUGAUCCUUGUGAUGACAUAGUUGCUACCGCGGGUCUGAAUAUCACAGCUUCGGCCACUGGAACUACAACCAUUUCGUUAUUUAGUUGUGCGGCUGGUUAUACCCUGGACGGAACUUCAAAUUCAACGUGUUUGCUGUCAGGAUCAUGGGAUUCAAACGCACCAACUUGCUCGCUUUGUGAAGAUAUAAACAGUACCAACACAUUGCAAGUAGCAGUUACUACAGACGGUUACGUGAGCACCGCCACCUUUACAUGUGUGACAGGUUAUCAUGUUGUUGGUCCUAGUUCUGCUACAUGCGAUGAAGCUGGUGCUUGGAGCAGCAUACCGACAUGUGAAUGUGAUGAACAAACAGCAUCUUCAAAUGGUGAUAUAGAAGGAAAUGGAACAAGUUCGCAGUUUUCAUGCAAUGCAGGAUACAGUUUGAUUGGUUCCUCAGUAACUGAAUGUUUAAACGACGGAACAGGCUGGAGUGCUGAUCCACCUUCAUGUGAUGAAUGUGAUUCCCUCGUUAGUCCUGUUGGUGGUUAUUAUAAUUUGUCUACGGACGGUGUAGUUACUAUGGCAACGUAUUUCUGCAAUCCUGGGUACACAAUGUCAGGUCAACAAUAUUCAUAUUGUCAGAACGAUGGUACCUGGAAUGAGACAGCUCCAACAUGUAUUAAAUGUCCAGACCUGACAGAUCCGGCCAGUGGUACAGUUACUAUAAACACCGACGGUGUUACAAGCGUAGCUCAGUACGCAUGCGCAUCGGAGUACGAUAUUUCUGGUGAAACAGCAAGCACCUGCUUGACAGACGGAACUUGGGAUAACGCUCCACCUACAUGUUCUUGUUCCCCCGCAAGUGUACCAGCUGAUGGUUCGGUAUUAUCUGACAAUGGAGAGUCGGUUUACUACCAAUGUAACUUAAACUACAGUAUGAAUGGUAGAAGUGUCCGAGAAUGUUCUGCUGAUGGAACUGGAUGGAGCGGAAGCGAUCCAAUAUGCGUUCCAUGCGAAAACCUUGUCUCUGUCCCUGGGGGAUCGUUUUCACCAACAACAGACGGUGUCAAUACAAAAGUGGAGUAUUCUUGUGAUGUCGGUUACACAAUCAAUGGAAAGAAGGAAAUCACGUGCAAUUCUGACGGCACGUGGGAUUCUAGCCAGUCUACAUGUACUCAAUGUGAUACUCUUACUGCACCGAGUGGUGGAAACUUCACGACGUAUAGUGAUGACAGCACCGUGACAAAAGCUAUCUUCACGUGUGAUGUUGGAUAUACGUUGGACGGAUAUAGUGAACUUACUUGCGAGGAGACUGGACAAUGGGAUAAUGAGAUUCCACAAUGUGUGGAAUGUAAAGCUAGAGGUGAUCCUACAAGCGGUAACCUUACACUGACUACAGACGGACAAACAACCACUGGAAUAUACAGUUGUGCUGACGGCUAUACGAUAGUUGGGCAACAGACAAUCUCAUGCCGAAUUGACGGAAAUUGGAACUAUCCAUCGUCUGAAUGCGAAUGUGAAACACCUAGCGCACCUGUAAAUGGAAACGUUAGUGCUGACGGGGAAACUGUGAUAUUCUAUUGUGAUACGGGGUUUACCAUGUCUGGUGGCAGCACGGGUAAUUGUAAUAAUGACGGCACUGGAUGGAGCAUACCCACUCCUCAAUGUGUUCAGUGUGAAAGUCUCGAUAGCUUUACGAGUGGAAACGUGACAUAUGUUAGUGAUGGUUCAGCGACUGUGGUUGAGUAUUCGUGUCCAGAGGGUUUUACCCUGCAAGGGACUCCACUUGUCAGCUGCAAUGCAAGCGGCAAUUGGGAGACAGAAAUUCCAGAAUGUGUUUCUUGCCCAACGUUACCGUCAGUGUCUGUUGUCACGGGAUCUGUCUCGCUUGCAACAAAUGGUACAGCAACAACAGCAGAAUAUAGCUGCCCACAAGGAUACGAAGUCAAGGGUCUACAAACCCUGACUUGUAACUCGGACGGGACAUGGAGUGACGACCCAUCUGACUGUGUUUGUGAAACGCCUACUAUCCCAGAGGGUGGAAACUAUACUAUAUCGGAGGACGGACUCAGUGUAAGUUUCUCGUGCGGGGAAGGAUAUACGAUGGAAGGUGAACAGACAAUCUCUUGUGGCACGGACGGCUCUGGCUGGGCGCUGGUGUAUCCGAAUUGCACAAAAUGUGAAGAACUUGUAACACCAUCGAAUGGAAACAUCACGCUUGUCACGAGUGGAACUGAGACCACUGCACUGUACAGCUGCGGAGUCGGAUACACACUAGAGGGCUCGGCAGGACCAACUUGUCAGUCUGAUGGUACAUGGACAACUACUGAACAAACUUGUGUAUCUUGUCCAGACUUGCCCAGCAUAGCAGUAACCAAUGGAUCAGUAUCUCUGGAGUCAAAUGGUACAACAACUGUUGCUGUUUACAGCUGUCCGAAUGGGUACGAGGUCAGCGGUCCGGAGACUCUGACCUGUAACUCCAGUGGAGUGUGGGACUCAACCCCAUCAACAUGUGUUUGCAAGACCCCAGAUAUUCCAACUGGAGGAAAUUAUGCCUUAUCUGAAGAUGGUCUCAGUGUAACAUUUACGUGUGGUGAAGGAUAUACAAUGAACGGUGUUCAGGAGAUCUCGUGUAUUACAGAUGGCUCUGGGUGGACUCUCACAUUCCCUAACUGCACCCAGUGUGACAGUUUAACGCCUCCCGCUGGAGGCAAUGUAUCGCUAGUCACAAACGGUACCCAGACAGUCGCAGUAUACAGUUGUGAUGUAGGUUCGAGUCUUGAUGGUGAACCAACUCCCGAAUGUCAAGAAGACGGAACUUGGAAAUCUACCGAACAGACUUGUGUCACGUGCCCGAGCCUUCCGGAUGUAUCAAUUACCACGGGAACUGUUACCUUGGAAUCUGAUGGUACAACUACAACAGCGAUAUAUAAUUGCCCCGAGGGGUAUGAAGUUAGCGGCUUGCAGAAUAUAUCUUGUAACACUGAUGGCACGUGGAGCUCGAGUCCGUCAGACUGUGUAUGUGUAACCCCGACUUUUACCGAAGGCGGCAACUUUACCCUUUCCGAUGAUAGACUGACUGUGACAUUUACAUGCGAGGCUGGCUACACUAUGGUUGGAGAACAAACCAUUACUUGUGGCACGGACGGGUCAGGCUGGGAUAUCGUUCAGCCAAACUGUACUAAAUGUGAAGACCUAACAACACCAUCAGGCGGUGAAGUUGCUCUGAUUACCAGCGGCACUCAGACAACAGCAGCGUAUACAUGCAGCGUCGGCUAUACUCUUGACGGACAACCGACACCGGAGUGUGGGACAGAUGGCACCUGGUCAGCAGAAGGACCUGUUUGUGUGAGCUGCCCAGAAGCUGCAAACAUUACAAGCGGCAUAUUGAAUGUUACAACGGACGGACAGACAACUACAGCUGUAUAUACAUGUGAUUCUGGAUAUGAAAUGGAUGGAAACGCGGUCCUGUCAUGCCUUACCAACGGAACCUUUGAUAAUGAACCACCAAUAUGCUUCUGUGAGGCUCCGCCUUCACCCUUGUUUGGAAACGUUUUGUCGAAUAAAACAACCGCGGUAUACAGCUGCGAUCAAGGAUAUAUAUUGAAGGGGACGUCCACAAGAACAUGUCAAGAAGACGGUCGUGGAUGGACAGAUACUGCUCCUUCGUGUAUAACAUGUGCUACACUCGUUAGUCCGGCAGACGGGUCAUAUAGCUUGACUACAAAUGGAACUGUUACUAUCGCAACCUUCGGCUGUGAUGUUGAAUAUUCGAUGAAUGGGACACAGAUACUGGUCUGCCUUGACGAUGGAUCCUGGUCCGAGCAGGCUCCAAAUUGUGUCAAGUGUCCAACUUUAACUCAGCCCAAUAGUGGCUCACUUGUUAUGUCCAGUGAUAAUGUAACAACGUCGGCGAAAUAUACCUGCUCGUCGAGUUACUAUAUUGUUGGCGAGGAUAACUUACUGUGUUCCUCAGAAGGCGAGUGGAGUGCAAGUGAACCAUUUUGUGCAUGCAACAACGUCACGGCUCCGGAUAACGGUAACGUGGAAAUAUCGGUAGAAAAUGGUACAGCCAUAUACACGUGCGGACUGGGGUAUUCUAUUGAUGGUGUUGUUACACGUACAUGUGCAAACGAUGGUUCAGGAUGGAGCCAUACACAACCUUCUUGUGUUGGCUGCCCCAACGUAACAUUUACAGCUGAUGGUAACUCUGAAAUUGUGUCGGACGGGACAGUGACUUCGGUUAAUUUCCAGUGUGAAAAGGGAGCUACAAUUGAUGGACCGGUCUCCCUCACAUGUCAGAGCGACGGUACCUGGACAUCUGUGCAACCAACAUGCGUGUCAUGUCCUGGAUUAGACUCGCCAUCUAGCGGAAAUAUCACUGUAGACACCGACGGUCAGAUAUCAACAGUUACAUAUACAUGUGCAGAGAGUUAUAAAGUUGUUGGAGAAGCUACACAACAAUGUCAAACUGACGGCACUUGGUCAGGAUCGAACACUACAUGUGUUUGUGUGGCCCCGACACCUCCAGCAAACGGAACAAUAACGUUAGAGAACAACAACCAUGUAGCAGUAUAUACAUGUGACAUUUACUUCAGUCUGAUGGGAGACAGUGAACGAACAUGUCAGAGUGAUGGUUCGGGAUGGACAGGAUCAAGUCCUACAUGUGUACAAUGUGCACCACUUAUAUCACCUUCCAAUGGUAGUUUAUUUACGGAUACAAAUUCAACACAUACAAUUUCUACAUUCGUUUGUUCGCUUGGAACUUCUAUGCAAGGGGAGGCAACCAGCGUUUGUUUGAACGACGCCACGUGGUCUUCGGCAGAACCAGUAUGUGUGACCUGUCCCAGUUUAUCAGACCCCACUAGUGGCAAUGUGACCCUUUUUACGGACGGUUUGACAACAACGGCUGAGUACGCAUGCGCAAGCGGAUAUGAAGUCAGUGGUCAGUCAAUUUCAACAUGCCUGGCGGAUGGAAGCUGGUCAUACACUACCCCAGAAUGUUUAUGUGAAGAUCCAUCUUCUUUUGCCAAUGGAACCGUGUCUUCUGAUGGAAGAGAUGCAAAUUUCCAGUGUAACGUUGGUUACAGUUUACUUGGCACCUCUGAAAUUACUUGCAAUAAUAAUGGUACAGGCUGGAGUGAACAGUUUCCUGAAUGCAUUAAAUGCAACGAUGUGAAUGCUCCGAGCGGUGGAAAUGUCGUCUUUACUUCUACUGGUAUCGCCACAGUAGCCGGGUUUUUGUGUGACGUAGGCGCGACACUAAACGGCAGCACGAGCUUAACGUGUCAGGUGGACGGUAGUUGGAAUGGUACAACGCCAUCUUGUGUUUCCUGUGAAGUAUUGGCUUCUCCUGCUAAUGGCGAGUAUGUGAUGUCUACGGACGGAACGACCACGACUAUACAGUUACAGUGUAAUGACGGCUAUGAAGCUGCGGGGACAACGAAUAUAGAGUGUGGUACAGACGGACAAUGGAUAUAUAGCAAACAGAGCACAUGCGAUAAAAAGGAAGAAGUAGCCAAUUCCUUGUUGGGCGCUUUGAUUGGAGUGAGCAUAGCAUCCCUCCUCAUCAUCACCGUUUUGUCGAUUUUGUUGGCAAGAUUUGUCUACCUUUAUCUGCAAAGAAAGAGUGGCGGAGACAAAUACACGACUAAUGUUACACUUUUCGAUUCUGCCGGGAAGUUUAAAUAUUCUGAUGAUGAGUUUCCUUUCAACCCGGUAAAACUGACACGGUCCGCUGCACCUGUCAAUCAUGAACGUCCUGUCUUUGAUAUCAGCGGUCCAUUUUCUACAAGCCCCGCCCCACAAGGAUUUGAAAACCACGUGACUGGACAUGAGGCGGUUCCAGAAAGUCCUCUGCCAAUAGAAACCCACCGUUCUGGAAAUAGUAUAAUUAGCUUCAGACGAAGCACUACAACAUUAACCGAUAAGAGUUUGUCAAGCGUGACUGCAAUAACCAUUGAGUCAGCAAAAGAAACGCCAGCUAUAACAGCACCUCUGGCAAAGAACAUAAAUGGUCUUCCUCCAAUCAAAAAUGGAACUACACCUUUGCAGGAGCCAGAAUUGAAGCCAAGAAGAUUAUCACCUAUUCCGAAACACAUGCAACGAAGAGGAAAACUCAGUCCGUCGUCCCCACAAAUAAAUAAAGUAAUUAAAGAAUCCAAAUCUGACGCGGAAGGAAGGCAGUCACCUUUUGAGGGACGAUCUCCGAUUGUAAUGAGUCAUCCGCUAAAUGUUACUGAUUUUGAAUCACAAUCACUUGACAGUGUUUCUAUGGUCGGAGAGUAAAAAUUGUAGUUAAACUGUUGCUUAAAAACUGUUGUAAAGUUAACGAAACACUCGUGUUAUAAAAAAGAAAGGAAAUCUUGUAACUUUUUAAUGCUGAAAUGAACGUCCUGCAAUCAGCAGGAAGUACUUACUAAGCAAAUAUAUGUGUAUUAAAUUGUUAAUAACUCUUUCAUGACCUUUUCCAUUUACAAAACAGUUUUCAAACAAAAUAAAUUCAUAAGAAAACCAUAAGUAAG